AUGUCAGGCAACAAUUCAGACUGCCAUGUCCAUGAUGAAAUGGAACCUUUUACCUACUUCUACUACCUGAUUUUUCUUAUGGGCUUUAUUGGAAGCUGUUUCGCACUGUGGGCAUUCACACAGAAGGAUCAGAAGCAGAAGUGUAUGAGCAUCUACUUAAUCAACCUCCUCACUGCAGAUUUCUUGUUGACUUUGACAUUGCCAGUGAAGAUUAUUGUUGACCUAGGAGUUGCGCCCUGGAACCUGAGAAUAUUCCAUUGCCAAGUGACAGCCUGUUUCAUCUACCUCAACAUGUACCUAUCGAUCAUAUUCCUGGGGUUUGUGAGCAUGGAUCGCUGCCUCCAGCUGAUGCACAGCUCGAAGAUCUACCGCAUCCAGGAGCCUGGGUUUGCCAUGAUGCUGUCUGCAGUCGUGUGGACCUUGGUUCUGCUCCUCACUGUGCCCAACAUGGCUAUCCCCAUAAAACACAUUGAAGAAAGACCUGGUGUGGGCUGCAUCGAUCUCAAGACGCAAUUCGGGAAGGACUGGCACGUGUUCACUAAUUUCAUAUGCACUGCAAUAUUCCUGAACUUCUCAGCUGUGAUCCUGAUUUCCAAUUUCCUUGUUGUUAGGCAGCUGUACCGCCACAAGUACAGUGAGAGCUAUGGCAGCGUGAGGAAGGCACUGACCCACAUCCUGCUGGUUACAGCCGCGUACCUGCUCUGCUUCGUGCCCUACCAUAUCGUGCGCAUCCCCUACACGCUGAGCCAGAGCGACACCAUCACCAGCUGCCCCCUCAAACGGGCUCUCUUCAAAGCUAAGGAGUCCACCUUGCUGUUUGCCAUCUCAAACCUCUGCUUUGACCCCAUUCUCUAUUACCAUCUCUCCAAGUCCUUCAGGCUGAAAUUCACGGAGACGUUUGCAUCACCCAAGGAGACAAAGGCUCUCACAGAGACAGAGGUGCAGCACAGCAGUGAACAGCAGAUGCACAGUCCUGACUCUGAAGCACAGGAGGAGGCUGUGCCCACCUGUAGCACUGACAGCCACUGGGUGACUGCAAGCAUGGCCACCGCGGCUGAUGACACUCCUGAUAAGUCGUGA